GCGAGACACGAAGAAAACAACUUAUGGAGAACAGUUGCGACAUCCCGGUGACACGUCAACACGUCAAUGGCGUUAUUGUGGAGGGUAUUUUUGGAUUGCACGUAGGUCGGCGUUUUGUCAGUUGGAGCUCCACAGGAGCACGAGCUGGACUGAGAGAUAAACGCAGCUAUCAAGAAAAGCAUGGGGACAGAUGGGCUGGUGAGCAGAUGUUGGGAUUGUGAUUUAGAGUACACGGAUCGAGGGGUAAGCAAAAAUAACCGAGAUAGGAAGAGGCGAAGUCUCGGAUAAGAGGCUUAUCGACCAACAUCAGGCAUCAAGCAUCGAGCGGCUGGUCUGGAUUGCUGGGGAUUGGUGCUUGGUGCUUGGCAGUGGAUAUCGGGCAUAAAGAUGCUUUGCAAGAGUCGAGGU